AUGACCGAGGUCAACACUGGGAUGACUAUCACUAACUGUUCUUUUAUGGUCGACAGCGUCGAUCGACGGAAACAUCUUGCUUCGACAAACAUCGCUGUUAUCGUAUUGAACUCUAUUUUCUCUCUGACAGCUACGAUUCAAAAUCUUCCAGUAAUUUACGCAAUUGUGCGAACACCUUCCCUGCACAAUCCUCCUUAUAUCCUUUUGUGCUCGUUGGCUUCGACGGAUCUUCUCGUCGGAUUUAUCAUUCAGCCUUUGUACAUCGCACACAAUUUCAUUCUCCUAAGCGGGCAACAAUUCAACUGCAGCCUUUGGAUGACGAAAGAGACACUGUUACUGUUGUUUAUGUUUGUAUCUAUCUCGACCCUGGUCAUGAUAAGCACUGAGCGUUGGCUUGCGCUCCAUUUUCACCUCAGAUACCGUGAAAUUGUCACAAUGUCGCGGACGCUCAAAUCGGUUGGCUCAACUUGGUUCUUUUGUACUGUGUCGGUUAUCGCGUGGCCUGCAGGGCUUCCCACUUACUACUUCACAGCAAUCGGAAUCGUUGUCAUAACGAUAGCUGCAAUUUUGCUGCUUUUCAUGUACAUCAAAAUAUUUCUGGUGCUUCGUCGACACCAAGCUUUAAUUGACAACCAAACCAAGCUUCAUCCUCAAUCAGUCAGCAUAAGGAAACAUAGGAAAUCUUCCGCCACCAUGCUUUACGUUGUGGUUUUGUUCUUCAUUUUCUACGCGCCUACGUUCUAUGCUAUGAUUCACUAUUUACAUUCUAAAGAAAAAACGGCCAGCGUGGAGCAGACAAUUUUAUGGGAGGUGGCCAAGACGGUGGCGUUAAUAAACGCUUCCGCGAACCCUGUAAUGUACUACUGGAAAAUGCGGGAAUUGCGACGCGCCGUCCGAAAUGUGUUUGGCUCUACGUCCGCAACACGGGUUCAUGUGGGAGAUGUUAUCACCCCUGGAUCAGGUAGCAUGGAGAAUGAGUUUAGGAGUAGAACAGAACAUCAGCGGCAAGGAUCGUUUUCGGUUAGACCGCGAGUAAGCUGGUCGAAUACUGCUCUUUCUAAACCAGAUCUUCGUGAAGAUCAAGGCUGCUCGGUAACGAAAUCACCGGAGAAAAAAGUGUUCCUCUUGCCGAGAUAUCUCGAGCCUGGCCCGAGCUUUGGAUGGCAAGUACCGUCAAGCAGCGAUAAAUAG